AUGUACAAACUAAAAUUUGUCGUUGCAUCAGACUUUCAAAAUGAGUUUGAUCGUUUGCUUGUUUCUACAACACUCGACCACUUGACAAAGCUAGAGCAUCGUCUUUUAGAAUUGCAAGACGAGAUGAAUCAUGUUGAAGUUUUUCCAACUGAAGCUGAAAAGGAGAAAAUAAUCCGAGAAAUGGAGACAAUGAUUGCUUUUACAGAGCAAUCUGAAGCUGUACUCGCCCGAGAAUCAAAAAGGUCUGACUUGAACAUGGUCGAGCGUAUCAACUUCGAAUCUGCCCUUAAAAUAACACAAGUGAUAGCCGCCAAUCUGAAGGUGUUUGAAAAGAAAGUAAAAACUAUCAAGGUUGACCCUAACCACCCUACACCUAAACCACAUCAUCCCCUUCACUUAACGGUUGCUGACUUUCAAAAGAUAGAAACCCGUCUAAUUCAGUUGCAAAAGGAGAUUACACAGCUAGAAUUGUCAAAAUCAAAAACGGAACAGACAAGAAUUAUCAACGAGAUUGAGACUGCCAUUGCCUACAUCAACGCCAAUUUGCCCAAGCUGCAAACUGAACUAAAGCGAAAAGACCUUACUCUCCAGGACCAGAUUAUCUUUGAAAUGGGCACCAAGUUGGGGCCAAUUUUAGUGAAAGAUCUCAAAGAGCAAGAAAUUAAG